AUGUCUGCUUUAUUUUAUUUAGUUGUAUUACAGAACUUUUUAUUUUGUUUAUUGGUUGUAUCUUUUAGAACAAAUGUAGAAGAUAUAGCAUCUUUUUUCUUAAGGGGUCCAUAUAAAAUAUCAUUCGGAGAACCCUACAUAACAGGAGAAGUAUUUGAUGUAAAUAAUGAAGAAAACCAUUCAUUAGACUCAGAAGAAAAUCAAGUAAUAGGAGAAGAAGUAGAAAAAGAAACAGAAGAAACACAUAAAAAGACAGGAGAUGUGGUUACAGAAAUAAGUGAAGUAAACAAAGAAACAAGAGAAGCAUAUGUGGACGCAGAAGAACUAAAUAAAGAUGCAGAAAAAGAAAAUAAAAACAUAGAAAAAGUAAAUAAAAAUGAAGAAGUAGAUAGGGAAGCAGGAGAAGUAGACAGGGAAGAAGGAGAAGUAGACAAGGAAGCAGGAGAAGUAGAAAAGGAAGCAGGAGAAGUAGACAGGGAAGAAGGAGAAGUAGACAGGGAAGAAGGAGAAGUAGACAGGGAAGAAGUAUCUACAUUUUUUUUUUUUUUACUGUAA